UAUCAAGCUGUGUCCCAAUGAGUAGUCAGGAGGGAUGGCAUCCAUGACCUUUGGGCAGAAGAGCUUCACGCCGACACCCCCACAGAAAGGCAGCUUUCCCCUUGACCACCAGGGCGAGUGUAAAAAGUUCAUGAUCAAUUACCGCUGAGUGGCUUAAAACUACCCACAUGCUGUCCUGAAGACCACCCAUCAACCCGGACUCUAGAGGAAGCCGUCCAAGCGAAUCAAAAACGAGUUCCGGGGGGCAGCAUGAGCCAGUGCAAGAUGGCGCCACUAUAAACACUCGCCUGCGCCAGAACGGGCUGGGCCGACCAUCAGGCCCCACCUGAAAGAAGCCUUGGGCCGACCAUCAGGCCCCACUGGGAAGAUGCCUACCGGCGCAAUAGGCAACAACAUACAUGCUGUGCUUGCGGGAAAAUAAAAACGAAAACUCCCUGUGUCGUGAGCAGUCUCAAGACUACCUGGCCUGUCGCAUGGAGAAGGGUCUGAUGGUUCAAGAAGAGUGGAGUAAGCUAGGAUAUUCAGACCUGGAGACUUUGAAAAAAAAGUCCACUUGAAGACUUCCAGCAGCCAGACAAAAAGCAGGGGCCAUGUUCCGACUGCCUCCCCUUGGCUCAGGGCCCAGGGUCCUGUUGGGGUGUACAGGUAGUGUGGCAACAAUCAAGGUGCCAGAGUUGGCCAGGAGGUUACAGGAGCGUGGAGCAACUGUGGUUAUUGUUCCCACCAAGAAUGCAUGUCACUUCUUGAGGGUGCAGUCCAAGGUGGACACAGGCCCUCAUAGGAGAAUGGCUGGUGGUGGUGCCACCACCUACCCUCGUCAAGAAAGGAAGACCUCUGACAAUGGAGAGUUAAGAUGCAGUGACAGUGAGGAGCAGAAUAGCAGCAGUGACCAGUGCAGUCGUUGUGGUAGCCGGAGCCCCAUGGGUGUACAAAGUUCAAGUGGGGGAGAUGGUAGUAGCCUGCGGUUCCUCUACCCAGACCUGAACUUUGUGCUGGAUCAAGAUGAGUGGGCAGCCUGGGGUGGGCGUGGGGACCCAGUGCUUCACAUACAGUUGAGAGACUGGGCUCAGCUAAUGGUCAUAGCACCUCUUGAUGCCAACACCAUGGCUAAGAUAGCCCAGGGGCUCUGUGACAAUUUGCUGACCUGUAUUGUUCGUGCUUGGGAUGUGACACGACCCCUUGUCUUCUGCCCUGCCAUGAACACACACAUGUACAAGCACCCACUCACCAUGCGGCACACAGCAAUGCUGAAGGACCUUGGGUAUAUCGAGGUGUGUGUGGUGAGCAAGCGGUUGGCAUGUGGAGAUGUAGGGCCUGGAGCUAUGGCUGAUCUUGACAACAUCAUCAAUGCUGCAAUGCAGGAGCUGCCUGGUGCUCAGAGGAUCUCUCACGGACCAUUUUAGUCAGUUAGAAGGAAUAUUUUGCUUCUCAAGUACGAUGAGUGGAUAGUUUAAAGUUGUUCUGAAGUUUCAAAUUAUUGGAUUGUAAAAAUGUCAUCAUUGUAACAAUAGCUUUUCAUGUAAACCAAUAUUUUAAUACAAAUCUGUAUUGAACAUGGUUGUGUAUGUGCACAAAUGUAAAUAUCUUAUUAUUGGUUGAAGAGCAAUCAGGGAGUAUCAGGAGACAUAAUCUAGUAAUUUUUAGAAUGUAUAAAGUAAAAUAAAGUUGAAGAUGUAUAAAUUAAA